AUGUUACUUUGUUUUUCAUGUGUGUCAGUUAAUAGGAAUGGCGGAAUGAAUCUACUUAGAAUUACUCCUUCAACCAAUAGCUCUGUUGUAUAUGGACUGUUGAGACUUAGCAUCUUUCUGUUACUCAGCCUUCCUGACUCAAAAGGAAAAGCCAUUUGGACGGCCCACCUGAAUAUAACAUUUCAGGUGGGAAAUCGAAUUAUAUCAGAAUUAGGAGAGAGUGGAGUGUUCGGGAAUCAUUCGCCUUUAGAAAGGGUGUCUGGCGCAGUGGCACUUCCUGAAGGAUGGAAUCAGAACGCUUGCAAUCCUAUGACCAACUUCAGCAGGCCAGAGCAGGCAGAGUCUUGGCUGGCCCUCAUUGAACGAGGAGGCUGUACGUUUACCCAUAAAAUCAAUGUGGCAGCAGAGAAGGGAGCAAAUGGGGUGAUCAUCUAUAACUAUCCAGGUACGGGCAACAAAGUAUUCCCCAUGUCUCACCAGGGAACAGAAAACAUAGUCGCUGUGAUGAUAGGCAACUUGAAAGGCAUGGAACUUAUGCACUUGAUUCAGAAAGGAGUGUAUGUGACGAUCAUAAUUGAAGUGGGGAGAAUGCAUGUACCUUGGCUGAGCCACUAUGUCAUGUCUCUGUUUACCUUCCUGGCUGCCACUGUGGCUUACCUCUUCUUAUACUGUGCCUGGAGACCUCGAGUGCCCAACUCUUCCACCAGGAGACGAAGACAGAUUAAGGCAGAUGUGAAGAGAGCUAUUGGGCAGCUCCAGCUGCGAGUGCUUGAAGAAGGCGAUAAGGAACUAGAUCCAGAUGAAGACAAUUGUGUGGUUUGCUUUGACAUAUACAAGCCCCAAGAUGUAGUGCGUAUCUUAAAUUGCAAACAUUUCUUCCAUAAGGCAUGCAUUGACCCCUGGCUUUUAGUCCAUAGGACAUGCCCCAUGUGCAAGUGUGACAUUCUGAAGACUUAA